UGGCGGCAAAGAUGGAGACAGCGGAGAGGGAAACCUCGCCCGCUGACGGAGCAAAUCAGGAAUACAGAGUUCAAGCAACGUCGAAAAAACGAGUCACCGAGCAGAUCAAUAAAUACAAAGACGUUUUGAAGACGGCGCUCGACGGACAGUCGGAGAUUUCAGAGGAGACGAAGCGAGUUUUAGUGCAGGAGCUGCUGGCGAACUUUGAGGCGGCGGUUCAGGACAACGUGCUGGUGAAUGGACAGCCGUGGGAGGAGGCGCCGGAUGUCCAAGAGGAUGAGGCCGUUGAUCUGGAAAGUCUCCUGGAUGACACCAUUGUUGAGACCACCAGGAGGCGCCGUACAUACCCCAGACAGAUCCUGCCCCAUGUCGUCCAUUCCCUGAAGGCUGAACGCAAACUCAUGGGGCUUUAUGAGCAUGCAGUCAAACCUCAAGAAGUGGUCAAAGACCCUGGUCAAGAGAGCAUCAUGAACGAACUGUCAUCAGCAGCUCCUGGGAUGGUGAAACAGGCCAUACAGGUGAUAAAGUCAGUCAACACUCUGCAGAAACAAGCCGAAGGCCUCUGUGAGAUCCUCAACAUGAAACCGAGUCACACCACUCUGGAGAUCCACAGAGAAGUGUUUGGCUGCAGCGGCCAAUCGGACGCUCCGCUGCCAUCGGUGGGCGCAGCCACGAGAAGCAGGCAGCCAAUCAAGAGAGUUGUGGAGGAAGCGGCAGCCACAGACGGAUAUGUGCCUCUCGCCAAGAAACCAGAUUUCCCUGUGGGAGAGGGCAAACCGGAGUGACGUUUUCUGAACCAUCACCACAGAAGAACUAAGAUGGUGGGAUGUAAUGGACUCGCACGUUUUGUCUCUACCCAGUUUCAUUCUUCAGUCACGAAUAAUCUGAAAGUAAAUACCAUAGUAACAUUCACAAAUCAUCACCUGGUGAAAGAAAGAAAGUAAAGUACUGGUGUUUACGACUGAAAUGAAUCAGAAGGAACCUGAAAAGUGGCUUCACUCCUGCUCGUAUCUGGCUCACAUUGUAUAAAAAUACAGUUUCAGAAACCGUUUGUUCUGUCGUUGGUUCAUAUUUGUCAGUUUAUGGUUAUUUUAAGAAUCUGUGAAGAUGUUUGCUGGUAAUAUAAACUUUUUUUUACAGCGUA